AAGAAUGAUUAAUCAUUCAACUUCUAUACUCUCGUUUGACAAAGUCAUAACCCAAGUUCAUAUAAAUGUCAGGACGCGAGACCCGAGAGAGAGCAAAGUGAGUAAACCAUUCUCACCUUCAAGAAAUCACAAAGCUUUGAUCACCAAAUUCGCUAGUGGACACAAAAGCAUGGCGAGGAAGAGAAAGUCCGUUGAACCCAUGCCAGAGAGCAACCCCAGUGAAGAGACCGUGACUUGGGACCAGAUGGUGAAGGAGGCCGCGGCCGUGGCUGCCUUGGGUGGCGCCCAGAGGGCCCGGAAGCGGUUCAUUGGGGUCCGCCAAAGGCCGUCGGGCCGGUGGGUGGCCGAGAUCAAGGACACCAUACAGAAGAUAAGGGUGUGGCUCGGCACAUUCGAUUCAGCGGAGGAGGCAGCCAGAGCCUACGAUGAGGCAGCUUGCCUGCUCCGCGGGGCCAACACCCGGACAAACUUCUGGCCUUGCUCUCCAUCAGCAUCUCCGUCUCCGGCUCUUCCCUCAAAGGUCACGAACCUUCUCCUCCAAAGGCUCAAAGCCAGGAAAACCUCUCUGGCUUUGACCUCGGAUGGACUGAGCUGCCAAGAGCAGAAGCAGCCAAAGGAAGAGCUUAUGCCAGAAGUCACAGGUUUUUCAGAGAUACAGUUCUCUGAUUAUCUUACUGAUCCUGAGGACUACACAGCAGAACAAAACUUCAUUAAUGACGCAAUUACAAGUCAUUACGUAACCAAUUCCGAGUCCUCUUUCAAUUUCAAAGAAGACUCGGGCUGCAGAGCAGGGAAAGAAAAGCAUUGCGACUACAGCAUGAGUGAUGUAACACAAUCAUACAGUGAUGAUGGCAAUCUUGGUAGAGACGGAGUAGAAGAUGCUGAUCUCAGGGUAUUGGAUCUUCAGUUUCUUGACAAGUUCAGACCGUCCUGCUAUUACUCUCCUUUCGAAAUUGCUGAAGAGAUCGUUGAGCCAAUGGAACCAGAGAAUGAUGGAGAAGAGCCUCCGAUUCUCACAGCUGCCAUGAAAAGAAUGACGUUCGAGAGGAAGUAUUCAGCUUCUCUCUAUGCCUUCAAUGGGGUACGUGAGUGCUUGAAGCUGCAAUUAGGAUCAAGAACUGCUAUGGCGAGGGCACACUCCAAUGAACUGGCAAAACUCCAGAAUGCAUGUGACAAGAAGAAAGACGAAGACAAGCCAGUGGGAGAUGGCUUCCUGAAAGUGAUGGCAGAAGAAGAAAACCCAGAAACUCCAACUGAUACAAUCGCUUCCUCUUCUUCCUCAUCUUCAAGCAAUGAAGGCGAAUCGUCGCUUUGGAGCUCCCUUGACCUUCCAACCAUUUGCUCUGUCAACUGAAUAGUUCAAGCUUUCUCUCUAUGUCAA